AUGCCGUUUGAGGAUAUCCCUUUGAACGACGGGAACAAGAUACCCGCUAUCGCCUACGGUUCGGGCAGCGUGAAUAAGGGCAAGGAUAUCCACAGCUACAUCGAACAGGCCAUCGAAGUGGGGUUCUCGCAUUUGGAUACUGCUCAAUGGUAUGAGAACGAAGAAAGCGUUGGAAAGGCGAUCCGUGAAAGUGGAUUGGAGAGGUCGCAGCUUUAUGUGACGACCAAGUAUAGCUAUGGCCAUGUUCCUUUGCGCGAGUCCCUGAACGCGAGUUUGCAAAAGCUCGGUCUGAAGCAACUGGACCUCUACCUCAUCCACAGUCCGAGGAGUGUAACGAACUACGUCGAGGCGUGGAAGGAGCUGGUGGAAAUCAGAAAAGAGGGUCUCGCCAAGAGCAUAGGCGUUAGCAAUUUCACCAUCCCUGAACUGGAGACACUGCGCGCGCACUCCAAAGUCCUCCCGGCGGUCAACCAGAUCCGAUUACACCCAUACAAUAUCAAGGAGAACAGGGCCCUGCUGGCAUACCAUGCUCGUCAUGGAAUUGUUACUGAAGCGUAUGGGAGUUUAGCGCCGAUAACGCAGUUCCCGGGAGGACCAGUGGAUAAGCCAUUGAAUGAAGCCGCGAAGCGGUUAGGUGCGACACGCGCCCAGGUCAUUUUCCUUUGGUUGAGAGCCAAAGGUGCGGUUAUCGUCACGACGAGUUCCAAGAAGGAGCGCAUGGAGGAAUACAUUGCCGCAGGCGAUUUGCCUUUGCCUUAUCAAGCACCUUUGACGCCUGAGGAAGUCGAGGCGAUUGAUGAAGCGGGCGCUAAAGGGCCGCCGUCCCGCGCUAUCGCGAUCAGGGAUAUCGUUCGGUUUGCUGCUCAGGCCCUCAUCACAAUUGCUGUUGUGCAUUUCGUAAUUGGUAAGGGGCAGGCAUGGCAUGCAUCCCGGCAGGGAGCCUUCAUCGUAUGA